CGAACAGAGGAGCCUUCGAUCCAGAAGUGCUCCAAAAAUCAUGCUGGAAGAGUUCUGCAACUCUACUUUUUGGAAUUCCUCGUUCCUGGAUAGCCCGGAGGCUGACUUGCCACUUUGUUUUGAGCAAACUGUCCUGGUGUGGAUCCCCUUGGGCUUCCUUUGGCUACUGGCCCCUUGGCAACUUCUCCAUGUGUAUAAAUCCAGGACCAACAAAUCUUCUAUAACCAAACUCUACCUCGCUAAGCAGGUGCUUGUUGGAUUUCUUCUUAUUUUAGCAGCCAUAGAGCUGGCCUUUGUACUCAUAGAAGAUUCUGGACAAGGCACAGUCCCUGCCAUUAGAUAUACCAAUCCAAGUCUUUACCUGGGUACAUGGAUCCUGGUUUUGCUGAUCCAGCACAGCAGACAAUGGUGUGUGCAGAAGAGCUCUUGGUUCCUGUCCUUAUUCUGGAUCCUCUCAAUACUCUGUGGCACUUUCCAACUUCAAACUCUCAUCCGGGCACUCCUACAGGACAGCAAUUCUAACCUGACCUAUUCCUGCCUGUUCUUCAUCUCCUAUGCAUUACAGUUAUUGAUCCUGAUUCUUUCAUCAUUUUCAGAAAAAAAUGCCUCAUCAAAUAAUCCAUCAACCACGGCUUCAUUUCUGAGUAGUAUUUCUUUUAGUUGGUAUGACAGCAUUGUUCUGAAAGGCUUCAAGGAACCUCUGACACUUGAAGAUAUCUGGGACGUUGAUGAUAGUAUUAAAGCCAAGUCCCUAGUCAGCAAGUUUGAAGCGUGCUCAGCAGGAGAGCUGCGGAAGGCCAGGAAGGCACUUGAGCGAAGGAAUCAGAAGAACUCCCAGCGGCACUCGGGAGCCAGGCUGCAUGACUUGAACAAAAACCAGAGUCAAAGCCAAGAUGUCCUUGUCCUGGAAGAAACUAAAAGGAAAAAAGAGGAGUCUGGGAUCACAAAAGACUAUCCGAAGUCCUGGUUAAUCAAGAGCCUCUUUAAAACUUUCUACAUGGAACUCCUAAAAGCAUUCCUAUUGAAGCUAGUGCACGACAGCUUCAUAUUUCUGAAUCCUCAGUUGCUGAAAUUUCUCAUCGCCUUUGCAAAUAAUAAUAAUGCAUAUGUAUGGACUGGCUAUAUCUAUUCAAUCCUCUUCUUCAUUGUGGCUCUCCUCCAGUCUAUUUGCCUUCAGUGGUAUUUUCAGUUCUGCUUUAUGUUGGGUAUGACUGUACGGACGACCAUCAUGGCUUCUGUAUAUAAGAAGGCACUGACCUUAUCCAACUCGGCCAGGAGGCAAUACACUGUAGGAGAAACAGUAAACCUGAUGUCUGUGGAUGCCCAGAAGCUCAUGGACGUCACCAGCUACGUCCACUUGCUGUGGUCUUGUGCUCUACAGAUUGUCUUAUCGAUCUACUUCCUAUGGGAAGAGUUGGGACCUUCAGUCUUUGCAGGUGUUGGAGUAAUGGUGCUCCUAAUCCCAAUUAAUGGGAUACUGGCCACCAAGAACAGGACUAUUCAGGUAAAAAAUAUGGAGAAUAAAGACAAGCGUUUAAAGAUUAUGAAUGAGAUUCUCAGUGGGAUCAAGAUCCUAAAGUAUUUUGCCUGGGAGCCUUCAUUCAAAAGCCAAGUCCACAACCUUCGGAAGAAAGAGCUCAAGAACCUGCUGACCUUUGCUAAACUGCAGUCUGUGAUCAUGUUCCUCUUAUACUUGACCCCAGUCCUGGUGUCUGUGAUCACAUUUUCAGUGUAUGUCUUGGUGGAUAGCAACAAUAUUCUGGAUGCACAAAAGGCCUUCACUUCCAUUACACUCUUCAAUAUCCUGCGCUUUCCCCUGGGCAUGCUUCCCAUGGUCAUCUCCUCCAUUCUCCAGGCCAGUGUUUCCAAAGACCGGCUGGAGAAGUACUUGGGAGGGGAAGACUUGGACACAUCGGCCAUUCGACAUGACGCCAAUUCCGAAAAAGCUGUGCAGUUUUCUGAGGCCUCUUUUACCUGGGACCAGGACUUGGAAACCACAAUCCGAGAUGUCACCCUGGACAUUAUGCCAGGUCACUUGGUGGCUGUGGUGGGCACUGUGGGCUCUGGAAAAUCCUCCUUGAUGUCAGCCAUCCUGGGAGAAAUGGAAAAUGUCCGUGGACACAUCACCAUCAAGGGCACUAUCGCCUAUGUCCCACAGCAGGCCUGGAUACAGAACGGUACUAUAAAGGACAACAUCCUUUUUGGAUCAGAAUUGGAUGAAAACAAAUACCAGCAAGUUCUGGAGGCCUGUGCACUCCUCCCAGACUUGGAAAUACUACCUGGAGGUGAUCUGGCUGAGAUUGGAGAGAAGGGUAUAAAUCUCAGUGGGGGUCAGAAGCAGAGGAUCAGCUUGGCCAGAGCUACCUACCAAGACUCAGACAUCUACAUUCUGGAUGACCCAUUGUCAGCCGUGGAUACUCAUGUAGGAAAACAUAUUUUCAACAAGGUCCUGGGCCCCAAAGGCAUAUUGAAAGAUAAGACUCGACUGUUGGUUACACAUAGCCUUCACUUUCUUCCCCAAGUGGAUGAAAUUGUCGUUUUGGGGAAUGGCACCAUCUUGGAAAAAGGAUCCUAUAACACUCUGAUGGCCAAAAAGGGCAUAUUUGCUCAGAAUCUCAAAGCAUACACCAAAGAGACGGGUCCUGAAGAGGAGACCACAGUUAAUGAUGGCAGUGAAGAAGAAGAUGAUGACUAUGGGCUGAUAGCCAGUGUGGAAGAAAUCCCUGACGAUGUGGCCUCCUUGACCAUGAAACGAGAAAACAGUCUUCUUCGUAGAACACAUAGCCACAGUUCUAGGUCCAGUGGCAGACAUCGAAAAUCUCUGAAAAACUCCUUGAAAAGUCGGAAUGUGGGGCCAAACCUGAAGGAGAAGGAAGAACUAGUAAAAGGACAAAAACUAAUUAAGAAGGAAUUCAUGGAAACUGGAAAGGUGAAGUUCUCCAUCUAUCUGAAAUACCUACAAGCAAUUGGAUGGUGUUCGAUAUGCUUCAUCUUCAUUUCCUAUGUGAUAAACUAUGUGUCUUUUAUUGGAUCCAACCUCUGGCUCAGUGCUUGGACCAACGACUCUAAAACCUUCAACAGCACCAACUAUCCAGCUUCUCAGAGGAACAUGAGAGUUGGAGUCUAUGGAGCUCUGGGAUUCGCACAAUGUGUAUUUGUAUUCAUAGCGAAUCUCUGGUCUGUCUACGGUACCAUCCAUGCAGCAAACAUCCUGCACAAGCAAUUGCUGAACAAUAUCCUUCAAGCACCCAUGAGGUUUUUUGACACUACACCCAUAGGCCGGAUUGUAAACAGAUUCGCUGGUGAUACUUCCACAGUUGAUGAAACCCUCCCUGCUACCUUGCGCAGCUGGAUUAUGUGCUUUCUAGGGAUAAUCAGCACCCUUGUCAUGAUCUGUGUGGCCACUCCAGCCUUCAUCAUUAUCAUCAUUCCGCUGACCAUCAUUUAUGUGUCUAUUCAGACGUUUUAUGUGGCUACUUCCCGUCAGCUGAGACGUCUGGACUCUGUCACCAGGUCCCCAAUCUAUUCUCACUUCAGUGAGACUGUGUCAGGUUUGCCUGUUAUCCGUGCUUUGGGGCACCAGCAGCGAUUUUUAAAAAUCAGUGAGGUGGGGAUUGACACCAACCAGAAAUGUGUCUUUUCCUGGAUUAUCUCCAACAGGUGGCUUGCAAUUCGCCUGGAGUUGGUGGGAAACCUGAUUGUCUUCUUUUCCUCCUUGAUGAUGGUUAUUUUUAGAGACACUCUAAGUGGGGACACUGUGGGCUUUGUUUUGUCCAAUGCACUUAAUAUCACACAAACGCUGAAUUGGUUAGUGAGGAUGACAUCAGAAAUGGAAACUAACAUUGUGGCUGUUGAGAGAAUCACUGAGUACAUAAAAGUGGAAAAUGAGGCCCCCUGGGUGACAGAUAAGAGACCACCAGCAGGAUGGCCCAGCAAAGGGGAGAUCCAAUUUAGCAACUAUCAAGUGCGCUACCGGCCUGAGCUGGAUCUGGUACUGAAGGGGAUCACUUGUGACAUCAGGAGCAUGGAGAAGAUUGGUGUGGUGGGCAGGACAGGAGCUGGGAAGUCAUCCCUUACCAACUGCCUCUUCCGGAUCCUAGAGGCUGCAGGAGGCCACAUCACCAUUGAUGGGGUAGACAUUGCCUCUAUUGGGCUCCACGACCUUCGGGAGAAACUAACUAUCAUUCCUCAGGACCCCAUCCUAUUCUCUGGAAGUCUGAGGAUGAAUCUAGACCCUUUCAACAGCUACUCAGAUGAGGAGAUUUGGAAGGCCCUGGAACUGGCUCACCUAAAAUCCUUCGUGGCCGGUCUGCAACUCGGCUUGAACCAUGAAGUGACAGAGUCUGGGGACAACCUUAGCAUCGGGCAGCGGCAGCUACUGUGUCUGGGCAGGGCUCUGCUGCGGAAAUCCAAGAUUCUGAUCAUGGAUGAGGCAACUGCUGCUGUGGAUCUCGAGACGGACCACCUCAUUCAGAAGACCAUCCAACAGGAAUUCUCCCACUGCACAGUGAUCACCAUUGCCCACAGACUGCACACCAUCAUGAAUAGCGACAAGAUAAUGGUCCUAGAUAAUGGGAAGAUUGUAGAGUAUGGCAGCCCCGAAGAACUGCUGAAAAACCCUGGACCCUUUUAUUUUAUGGCCAAGGACUCUGGCAUUCAGAAUGCAACCAGCACAUCACUCUAGCAGCAGGUCCCAAGGGUUUGGGAAGGACUCUAAGGAUUGUUCCUUGUUUUAUUUUUACUUUUUGUGAAAU